CUCGCGAGAAGCCCCGCGAUCACAGCAACAAGACAACCAAAAUAAAGUGAGCACAACAAACCCGGAGCGCAUGAUGGCGGCGUCGCUGCUGCGCCGGGACAAGAAAUCCACCGCCGCCCAUCUGAAGGCAGACCUCAAGCGGACUGACAACAGCUCAGGGCUGCGGCAGCUGCAGGAGCUGCUGGAUAGCGUGCUGAACCCGGAGCGGGGCUCGGACCCGGAGGCGCUGGAGUGGUGUAAAUGGCUGCUGGCCGGAGGGGACGGCUUCGACGAGUUCUGCCGGACCGUCAGAUCCUACGAUAACGCCACCCUCUGCGGGCUGGUGUGGACUGCCAACUUCGUGGCCUACCGUUGCCGGACUUGCGGCAUCUCGCCGUGCAUGUCGUUAUGUGCGGAGUGCUUCAAUAACGGCGAUCACACGGGCCAUGAUUUUAACAUGUUCCGGAGUCAGGCCGGCGGGGCCUGUGACUGCGGGGACGGGAACGUGAUGAGAGAGAGCGGGUUUUGUAGUAGGCAUCGGUUAAAAACGGGAGAGAACGUGCCAUCAGUCCCUCGGGAUCUGCUGCUCAUGUCUGAGAUGGUGCUGCCGCGGUUUAUCAUCACUAUCAUUCAGUACCUGAGAGACGGCUACACUGAGCCAGAGUCGGCCGCUGACAGAGAUCUGCAGAAGGUUCUGCAGCAGUUAGAGCCGCACAUAUCGUUCUUAGAAGAGCUGACCAAGAUGGGCGGGGCCAUGCGCACUGUUCUUACCAAGAUCUUAACCAAUCAGCAGACAUUUAAAGAACUGAGCAUGGGUCAAGAGGAGAAUGUUUAUGCAAAGAGGAACUAUGAGAAGUAUCUGUCGGCACUGAAGAGUUCAGGUCUGGUGUCAGUGGAGGAGAAAGGAGCAGGAGGAGCUGGUGCUGGAGCAACAGACACUCCGGCAGGAGCAGGAGCGCUCAGUCUGCUGGGAGCUACUGCUGCUGCCAGUCUGGAGGACUCUAGCAAAGAGGAGGAUCAGGAUGGGCUGCAGGGUGUGGGCCAGAGGAAAAGAGUGAAGCUCAGUAGCAGUACCAAAGAUCCAUCCAUAAUGGACACUCUGAAACAUAAAUGUUUUUUAGAAGAGUUAUUGUUUUGGACAAUUAAGUAUGAAUUUCCACAGAAGAUGGUCACUUUUUUGCUCAACAUGUUGCCAGAUCAGGAUUACAAGAUCACGUUCACUAAAACAUUUGUACAACACUACGCCUUCAUCAUGAAGACCCUCAUGAAGAGCCACGAGUCCGACACCAUGUCUAACCGUAUCGUUCACAUCAGCGUGCAGCUCUUCAGUAACGAGGAGCUGGCGAGACACGUCACAGAGGAGUGCCAGUUACUGGACAUCAUGGUCACUGUGCUUCUCUACAUGAUGGAGAGCUGCCUUAUCAAGAGCGAACUGCAAGAUGAGGAGAAUAAUCGUCAUGUGGUGGUAAACUGUGGUGAAGCUCUACUGAAGAAUAACACCUACUGGCCUUUAGUUAGUGAUUUUAUUAAUAUCCUCUCACACCAAAGUGUGGCCAAGCGCUUCCUGGAGGAUCAUUCUCUGCUGCUGCUCUGGAUGAGUUUCGUCUCCUUCUUCCAAGGAAUGAAUCUGAAUAAGAGAGAGCUGAAUGAGCAUGUGGAGUUUGAGUCUCAGACGUAUUAUGCAGCAUUUGCAGCUGAGCUGGAGGCCUGUGCUCAGCCCAUGUGGGGUCUCCUCACACACUGCAAAGUCAAAGAGACCCAAGAGUACACUAAGACAGUGGUGCGGUACUGUCUGGAAACUCUUCAGAUGUGGUUUGAUGCCAUUGGGUUUGUAGAUGAGCCUGCCCUCAACCAGCUGACCUUUCAUUUACCUCUCCAUCGAUACUAUGCCAUGUUCCUCAGCAAGGGAGUGAAGUGUCAAGGUCUUGAUUUGGACAGUUUGCUUCCUGAUCAGGAGAUGCUGAUGAAGAUCAUGGUUCACCCUCUUCAGAUACAGGCUAGCCUGUCUGAGAUCCAUAGUAACAUGUGGGUGAGAAACGGGCUGCAGAUUAAAGGUCAGGCCAUGACCUAUGUCCAGUCUCACUUCUGCAACUCUAUGAUUGAUCCGGACAUCUACCUCCUGCAGGUGUGUGCGUCUAGACUGGAUCCAGAUUACUUCAUUUCCUCAGUGUUUGAGAGGUUUAAGGUGGUGGACUUGCUGACGAUGGCGUCUCAACAUCAGAACGCAGUGCUGGACUCGGAGCAGGAGAGACCCAUGCUGGAGGGAGCGCUCACCUUCUUGGUCAUACUGAGCAGUCUCCGAAUACACUUAGGAAUGUCUGAUGAUGAGAUUUUGAGAGCGGAGAUGGUGUCACAGUUGUGUAUGAAUGAUCGUACCCACAGUUCCCUGCUAGAUCUUAUCCCGGAAAAUCCGAACCCUAAGAGCGGCGUGGUGCCGGGCAGCUGUAGUUUUGAGGAGAUGCUGUCUGCUGUAGCUGAUUUUAAAGCCCCAGUGUUCGAGCCUGGAGGAUCUAUGCAGCAGGGCAUGUAUACACCUAAAGCUGAAGUCUGGGAGAAAGAGUUUGACCCUAUAAUGGUGAUUCUACGCACAGUGUACCGCAGAGACGUGCAGUCGGCCAUGGAUCGAUACGCAGCAUUUUUGAAACAGUCAGGCGUUCAUACGGGGAACCCCUGGCCACCCUAUAAAGAGAGGACCCCCCUGCACCCCUGCUAUAAAGGAUUGGUGCGCCUGCUGCACUGCAAAACCCUACAUAUCGUCAUCUUUACACUGCUUUAUAAGAUCUGGAUGGAUCAUCAGAACAUGUCUGAACAUGUGUUGUGUAUGGUGCUGUACCUGAUAGAACUCGGACUUGAUAAUCAGGUCCAGGAUGACAAAGUAGAAGAGGAGCCCUGUAUCGAGGAGCACUGCCAUGAUAGCUGGUUCCCAGGCACCAGCCUGCUGUCUAACCUCCAUCACGUCAUCAACUUUGUGCGGGUUCGAGUGCCAGAGACCGCUCCUGAGGUGGAGAGAAAGAGAGAGAGGGAGAGAGAGCGGGAAACUCCACCCAGCACCAGCUCUGAGAGCGCCACCUUCGGACAGAGUUCCAGAAGGCUGACAGGAAAUUGGAGAGAGAACCUGCGUGAGGCUCAAGUGUUCAGUCUAGUGGCGGAGCGCAGGAGGAAGUUCCAGGAAAUCAUUAACCGCAGCAACCACGAGGCCAGUCAGGCAGUGCGGCCCAAGUCCUCAUCCUCCCGUUGGCUGCCGCCGGGCUCACCCCCGCAGCUGGUGACAGAGAUUUUGGAGAUCCGUGAGAGCAUGCUGUCACUCCUGGUCAAACUGCACCAAAAACUGUCUGCCAAGCAGAACUCUCUGUCUCUGAGUUGGUUGGCCGAGGUGGAUCCGGCCCAUCACGCACAUGGAGAUGGUUUAACAGCCAUCGAAAGAAUCUUGGCCAAAGCUUCCGCCCGUAGCCGGCACAGCAAGAGAUGCCUACAGGAAAUCUGUGGAAAGGUGUGUCCACCCAUACCACCCAAGAAGAACAGUCCUGGAGAUAAGAAGAGUAUGGACAAGGAAGAGAGGCGUCAGAGGGCCAGAGAGAGACAGCAGAAGCUGCUGGCGGAGUUUGCCUCCAGGCAGAAGAGCUUCAUGGAGACUGCCAUGGAUGUUGAGUCACCUGAAACUGAUGCAGUGAUGGACGUGGGCUCUGCAGAACCUUUGGACUCUGAGGUUCUGUAUGACUGUGUGAUCUGUGGUCAAAGCGGACCGUCCACUGAAGACAGACCCACAGGAUUGGUGGUACUGCUGCAGGCUUCAUCAGUGUUGGGGCACCGUUGUCGUAGCGACACGCCAAAGCGAUUGCCCACUACAGAUGAGGAGCACAUCUACCCUGAGGACACAUGUGGAGCGACCAAUGACGUUAGACUGUCCCUUAUGCAACGCUACUUUAAAGAUAGUUCCUGUCUGCAGUCUGUGUCUGUUGGCUGGGACGGUGGUGUAUAUGUGCAGACGUGCGGCCACACUCUGCAUAUAGACUGUCACAAGUCCUACAUGGAAUCCUUACGGAAUGAUCAGGUUCUUCAGGGAUUUUCUGUGGAUAAGGGCGAGUUCACCUGUCCACUGUGUCGUCAGUUCGCCAACAGUGUUUUACCCUGUCGUCCCGGCCGUGGGAUAGAGACGCCCGCCUGGCACGCGCCCAGUAACAAGAGCAUGUCCACUCUGGUGAAGGAAGUGGAGGACCUUCAGGAGCAGCUGGGCAUUUUCCCAGUAAGCGCCAGCGUAAAGCAGAGAGAUCCUAUACUGGCGGAGUCGAACCUGAGUAAAGAGAUGGAAUCUGUUAUAAAGGACAUUAAAAACACCACACAGAAAAAAUACAUGGAUUAUGGGAAGAACCCAGGGUCGCCUGACAAUGACUUCCUGUUCAUGUACUCCGUGGCCAGGACAAAUCUGGAGUUAGAGUUGGUUCAUCGUGGGGGGAAUCUGUGCAGUGGGGGGGCCAGUGCUGCUGCCAAACGCUCCUGUCUCAAUCAGCUGUUUCAUGUGCUGGCCAUGCACAUGCGUCUCUACAGCAUAGAUUCAGCAUACAACCCCUGGACCAGACUCACACAGAGCACGCACAGCAGAGAGACUGAGUUCUGUGAUGAUGAACGUCCCGAGGUGCCUAUGCUCUUCAGAGAUGUCCCGUCCCUCCUCAUCAUCUUCAUCCUCACCAUGCCACAGCCUUUACGCAAAGAGCACUUCACGUGUGUGGUGAAGGUGUUGUACAGUCUGCAGUACACACAGGCUCUGGCCGCUCUGUCCAUCAGAUUCAGCCGUGAAGAGAGACUCGCCUGGAGCAACACAGGAGCUGCCAAGAAGAAUAUGCCAAACUCUGACAAAUCAUGGGAGUCUCUCCUGGGUCACGUGAUCUCUGAGCUGACGAAGGCCAAAGAUGUGUACGACACCAACUCUGAGGAAGCAUUAAUGUUGAGCUCCAGUGUGUGGUCUCCUCAGUCCAUUGAGUUCACCCUACAGCAGUUCUGUCUGCCCUUCCUGAGACUGUCCUGUUUACUGCAACAUCACCUGUAUGGAGACAGCUUACCCGGCUGCCAGGUGCACUGCAUGGAUGUGGAGGAGGAGUUUUCUCUGCUGACCGGCUGUCUGAGUUUGGCUGGCUCUGUUCAGUCCAGUGGAUCCAUGAGCAGCGCAGCGGGUCUGGAGUGGAACUUGAAUGCUUUCGAUCUGAUUAACCAGUGGUGUUCAGAGGUCAUCGAUCUGUCCAGUUCACCCUCCCAGCAGUCUGUGUCUCUGUUAGUUCAGGAUCCGCAGUGGGCCGCCCCUCGCCUCCUGCACCUCCCAGACAAUUACAACACCAUUUUCCAGUACUACCACAGGAAAUCCUGCACCAGCUGCGGCAAGACCCCCAAAGACCCUGCGCUCUGCCUGGUGUGUGGCGCGUUCGUCUGUCUGAAGGGUCACUGCUGUAAACAGCAGGGCGUCUGUGAGUGUGUGCUGCACUCCCAGCACUGUGGAGCAGCAACCGGUAUCUUCCUGCUGGUAAACGCCUCGGUCAUCAUUAUCAUCCGAGGGCAUCGCUUCUGUCUGUGGGGGUCUGUGUAUCUGGACGCUCAUGGAGAGGAGGACAGAGACCUACGUCGAGGCAAGCCUCUGUAUUUAUGUGAGGAGAGAUACCGCGUCCUGGAGCAGCAGUGGGUCUCGCACACCUUCGACCACAUCAACAAGCGCUGGGGUCCCCACUACAAUGGACUUUAACAUUGCAGCCCACAUCCUGGAGAGGACAGGUCACAUGAUGUCAGCGCAAGCCUCUGUGUCGUCCUCCGAUGAUUUCUGUCGUGUAAUAUAAAGAAAACCUGCAUUGAGUUGGCCACAGCCUGGGUUCAUGUGAAGUUUAGUGUACAAUCAAGCCUAAUGACUAACAGCGUGUGCGUGCGUGUGUUUAAAAGUGAUUUUUCGUGUGGAUUAAUAGGGGAGAAUUUUGUUUUGUCCCAGCAAGCUCACAGUGAAAGCACACUGAGUUAAUUUGUGUCAAUCCUGUUAGACGCACAAGUGGAAAAAAUGCUAAUAUUUGGAAAACAAAACUAUUCUGACCAAUGUUAAACAAAUCAUGUACAGAUAUCAGAAUUAAUAUCAAAACCUUGAAUGCUAAAGGUACCAAGACUCUCAACAUAUCCCCCCACCACCCCAUGACCAGUGCGAUGUGAUGUCAUGUCAUGCUAUUUAAGUUUAAACACAUCUCAUAAGACUGACUGUGGGUUGAAAAGCAGUGUAUGAGACAAAAUAUAAACACAUUAGAGCUAAAGCACGAUUUGUCUCUGAGUCAAGGUGUAGUUGCAGUCAUCCUCAGGUAUUUUAUUUUGUUUUUGUUUUGUAGUCUCAGAUAAAAGAUUUUAAUAUUUAAAAAGUGCUGCUAUUCAUUGUUUGAAAAAAAAAAAAAAAAAAGUAAAUUAUACCUUUGUAAAAAAAAAAAAAAUAUUUUUACAAUUUUCAUCUUUUUUUUUCUUCUUUUUUUCUAAUGAAGGCUCUGUGUUUGAUGGUGGUUGGCUGGUCUGUUGAGUUUAUUAUAAAAAAUAUUCCCCUGCAACCUUGUACAGCAUUUCUUGGCACAUUAUAUUUAAUGGCUUGAGACAGAACAAGUCUUUAUGGUCUGUGGCUCUUUUUCUCGCAUAAAGGUUAUCCUUUUCUCACUCAAGGCUGUUUGAAAAGAAUAAAUACAAGUAAAAUCAAAAAGAAAAAAAUGGUAACACUUUACUUAAAGCCUUUAUAUACUGUAUUAUGCAUUAUAAAAGUAUUUUAAUUAUGCCUUGUAAUGCACUUUAUAUACAUUCUUUGUUCUCAUCAAUAAUUGUAACCACAGUUGAAAUGCAUUAGAAUACUUAUAUAUUCAUUGUUACACCUUUUAAAAAGUGUAAAAACACAUGACAAACCAAUUUCAGAUGUAACAAUGAUUAUUGGUUACAUUUAUUUGGUUAUUAUUAUUUAUGAAAAGAUAUAAUGCAUUAUAACAUACAUUAUGAAUACUUGUAUUGUACAUAAAGGCUUUAAGUGUUACCAAAAUAUUUUUGCAUUAAGAAAAUAGCUUUUUUGCAUCAUUUUCAUCACAGUCAAACACAUUUCUCAUUAAUGCAAUUCAUCUUGAUUCUCAAUAGUGUUUUGGCUUUACUGUAAAGAGUCGUCAGAUGUGCUUGAAUUGUCAGGAAAAUAAUGCAAUGAAAAAAAAAAUGGUUCUAAAAAAAAAAAUAAGCUUAGCUUUUAAUGCAAAAUAUAAUAUUUUAUUUUUGACUAAGGGUGAAACAGUGACCUGGGUAUGUUUUUGGCAAGUUUCUUGAGAUUCACCUCACUAUAGCCUAAAAAUCUGACCACAGACCGAACAAGUCAGUUGUCACUCAAGGUCUUGAUCGUCUUUCCCAUAUUCUAAUUACAUGAUAAUGCCUAGACUGGUGUCAGAUGGUCCAUAGGGGGCAGUGUUUUCCAUUACACUGAGCCUCAUCACACAACUCCUCUGCUCAUAUAGAUGUCCUCUUGGGCUUAUGUAUCUACAGGCUCAGUUGGCAACAAACCUCUGAAGUUAAGAAAGCUCUUAGUAAUCAUUUUCUUGACUUUGUGUUUUGUAGCAACUGGCUGCCUGAGUCUAAUUUCUCCUCUAGGAUUUUGCAAGUUUUCUUGUUUAAAGAUAUUAUUGUGAUAUUUAUUUGAUGCACACCUCACUCAGAUAUUGAAUUCCUGAUCUAAAGUGUUUGAACUCGGCCAGGUUGUGUGUAUCUUCUUUGUGCAAAUGAAUCAGACCAAAUAAAAAAAAAAAAAAAAAAAUGUUUUAAUGUUAUCAAAAAGAAAGGAAAAAAGUAAUUUGGUACUUUAUACAAAUAGACAUUUAGUGAAGGCUAGUUUUCCAGUCUGAUAAAUGCGGUGUUCCUCAAGGAUCUGUCCUCGGACCAUCUUUGAUUGUGUAAUGUUACUAUGGAGAGGGCAUUAUGUAUGCACAUGUUAAUAAUUUGAAAAUGCGUUAAACUGGAUCACAUCAAAUGUAAUAUUACAGCCCAGUCCGGUGAUGGACCUGUAUAGUAUGGCGCACAGUUUCUUUAUUUUAUGCAGCUCCUCUGUUAGCAGUUCGAGUUGUCAAAAGUACCGACUUUGGUACAUUAUCGGUACUGAAAUUUUAAAAAGGUGAUGCUUUGAGUGGAUUCGUAAACACCUCUGAUUGGGCCAUUGUGUUCAUGUGCUCAUCAGAUACAUCUGUGAUUGGCUACAACGAUCAACGCUUCAAAAGCGUUGUAAAUAAUCAAGCCGAGUGCUUACACAUGGGAGCGUUUGAAAGCAGGCAUCUAUCACAAACCAGUCCGCUGAUAGACGCCUGCUUUCAAAUUCAAACACUUCCGUGUGCUUUCAAACGCUCCCAUGCGUUGAUCGUUGCAGCCAAUCACAGACAUAUAUGUUGAGCGUGUGAACACAAUGACCAAUCAGAGGUGUUUAUGAAUCCGUCACAUUUUUAAAAUUUCAGUACCGAUUGGUACCAAAGUCUGUACUUGACAACUCUAGUUUGAGCACUUCCUCUCUUCAUCCUGUCCCCUUUAAAAUUCAGAUCAAGCUUAACAUAAACAAAAUAUUCCCAGUUUAAACAUUAUAAUGAUUUGCCUUGUGUGACACCAAGAGCCGGUGUCACAAUCCAAAAAAUGUCCUUGUGAAAAUUAUAUUUAGUGCAAUUACAGGGACAUGUAAUAUCGAGGGCAUUUUACUUUCUUUAUUUCUUAUUGAAGACAGACAAGCACCCCCCAAAACCACACACAUAUUCAGACACACACACCAGGAAAAGCAUGUUUGGUUUGUAUUGAUCAGUUUGAUUGGUAGGUGUUGAUUAUCAUUGCUGCAAUCAUGCCAUGCUGGAUGGAGGAUGUUUUCAGUGCACUUGAAGGUAGCUUCUUUUUGUUAUUUUGUCUUUAUUUCUUGCAUGCUGCUGUUUUUUCUGUUUUUCCCCCCUUUUGAGAGUUCUUUCUUUCCCCACUUUGUAUAGACAGACAGUUGUGCUAAGUGUGAUGGGUGGAUAAUGCUGGUGUGUUCUCCUGCGGUGGAUGCUUGUCAGGCAGGCAGUAAUACAGUACAUUACUGUAGGUGCUGAUUCAGACUUUAUGAUGUCAUCUCUGAAAGGGUGACUUUUAAUGACAUUUAAUGCAAAAUGUAACAUAUGUGAAUAAAAUAUACAGAUGCUCUGAAA